AUGGGCAUACUCUUAUAUGUACUUAUGUGUGGAUUUCUACCAUUUGAUGAUGAUAAUGUCAUGGCUUUAUACAAGAAGAUUAUGAGAGGAAAAUAUGAUGUUCCUAAAUGGCUUUCUCCCAGUAGCAUUCUGCUCCUUCAACAAAUGUUACAGGUGGACCCAAAGAAACGGAUUUCUGUGAAAAAUCUGUUGAACCAUCCCUGGAUCAUGCAGGAUUACAACUGUCCUGUUGAGUGGCAAAGCAAGAAUCCUUUUAUUCACCUUGAUGAUGAUUGUGUAACAGAACUUUCUGUACAUCACAGAAACAACAGGAAAACAAUGGAGCAUUUAAUUUCAUUGUGGCAAUAUGAUCACCUCACAGCUACCUAUCUUCUGCUUCUAACCAAGAAGGCUCGGGGAAAACCAGUUCGUUUAAGACUUCCUUCCCUUUUCUGUGGACAAGCCAGUGCUUCCCCAUUCACAGACAUCAAGUCAAAGAAUCUGAGUCUGGAAGAUGUGACCACAGGUGAUGAAAGGAAUGUGGCUGGAUUAAUAGACUAUGAAUGGUGUGAAGAUAAUUUAUCAACAGGUGUGGCUACUCCCCAAACAUCACAGUUUACCAGGCAUUGGACAAAAUCAAAUGGGCUGGAAUCUAAAUCAUUAACUCCAGUAUUAUGCAAAGCAUCUGCAAAUAAAUUAAAGAACAAAGAGAAUGUAUAUACUCCUAAGUCUGCUGUAAAGAAUGAAGAGUACUUUGUAAUUCCUGAGCCAAAGACUCCAGCUAAUAAGAACCAGCAUAAGAGAGAAAUACUUACCACACCAAAUCGUUAUACUACACCCUCAAAAGCUAGAAACUGGUGCCUGAAAGAAACCCCAAUAAAAACGCCAGUAAAUUCAACAGGAACAGACAAAUUAAUGGCAGGUGUCAUUAGCCCUGAGAGGCGGUGCCGCUCAGUGGAACUAGAUCUCAACCAAGCACACAUGGAGGAUACUCCAAAAAGAAAAGGAGCCAAAGUGUUUGGGAGCCUUGAAAGGGGACUGGAUAAGGUUAUCACUGUGCUCACCAGGAGCAAAAGGAAGGACUCCACCAAAGAUGGGCCGCGAAGGCUAAAGCUUCACUAUAAUGUGACUACAACUAGAUUAGUAAAUCCAGAUCAACUCUUGAAUGAAAUAAUGUCUGUUCUUCCAGAGAAGCAUGUUGACUUCGUACAAAAGGGUUAUACACUGAAGUGUCAAACACAGUCAGAUUUUGGCAAAGUGACAAUGCAGUUUGAACUAGAAGUGUGCCAGCUUCAAAAACCUGAUGUGGUGGGUAUCAGGAGGCAGCGGCUUAAGGGCGAUGCCUGGGUUUACAAGAGAUUAGUGGAAGACAUCCUAUCUAGCUGCAAGGUAUAG